UGAAAUAAGACCCACUAAAAUUUAUACAUAGAAGUAUAAAACACAAUGUCGUGACCAAUUCUAUCCUCUAUAUAUGUAAUUGUACUUAAUCUCGCGAGCUUUGCUUUCCACAUCCUGAUUCAAACAUUCUUUUUAUGCUACUUGCAACAGAAUUCCACUAAUCUUUUCUCCAUUGAUACAGUUCUUUAGGUUCCCAUUGAUAUAAACUUUUCUUAUCAUCAAUGUAUGAUAUAUCUGUAUUAGUAUAGCCCAAAUGCUUUUAUCAAGUCUUGAGCUUAUUUCACUAUUAAACCAUUUCAGGCUCUGGACACAUUCAAUGCUACAAUUGUUUCUCCUGUAUAUUAUGUAAUGUUCACAACUCUUACAAUAAUUGCCAGUGCUAUAAUGUUUAAGGAUUGGUCUGGUCAGGAUGUCAGCAGCAUAACCUCUGAGAUAUGCGGAUUCAUCACCGUUCUUUCAGGAACAAUCAUAUUGCACAUGACUAGAGAACAGGAAGAUUCUAAUAUGCAAAAGACCUCCAGAUGGUUCACUCGUGAGGAUUCGAUGAAGGGUGUGGAGGAUGAACACCUCAUUUUCAUUCACGAUUCAGACUAUCCCGAACGUUGAGUUUUCCUACGAUGUUAGGUUGAUGGAGCCGAUACAAUGACGUGAGCUGCCCAUGGCCAUAUGGUGUGGUGCUUCUGCAGUGUGGAUAGCUUGUCCUGGAGUUUAAUGAAUUCAAGCAUCCAUGGUGCUAUAGUUCUAUAACCAUUGCUUUCCAUGCUGUUGACUGGGGCCACUCAGAACUUGCGAAAUACUAUAAUCGUGAUUGAAGUGCCGAACCAUUUCUAACUGAAAUGGGAUUGCUGUCUCAUUACAACGAAAUUUUUGGAGCGAUCAUAUGCCAUUGUUCUAUUCUGCGUCUUAGCCAGUGUAAUAUUUCUUCACACACACACAUUGAUAUGUUACUAGGAAGUCAGCAAUUGUUUAUAUAGUUCCGUCUAUAUUUUCUCAUUUAAUUAAUUAUUAGAUUUAUCGUUUUAUUUCUUGAAUUAGGUAAAGGAAAAAUCUAUUGGUUUGUUAAUGGUGAAGAUAUUUAUUCUUCCGAACUUC